UCUUGAUAUCCAUCAUUGCUCUUACAAGGGCACAAUACUUGCUGACAUUGUCAUCUUGAAUCAGAUGUUGAGUUGUUAAACCUCAAUGCCGUCCAUUGGUCCCACCGCGGACGAUCAGUUCCUUGGUGACGUCACUCGUUCCUGACAGGCAUCAAGGCACUAAGACCGGACAACAACACUUUCCUAUGUGAUCGCGUCUUCCUCAACACCGCAACAAAUCUGAAUAAACCGUGGAACAUAAUUCCAAAUUUCGCAGUUGAAAUCGAGUACCAUACCCUCCCACAGAAAUCAAACCGCUACAAUCACAAAUGGCCUCCCGAACCCUCUUCACCCGCGCUACGGCCCUCCUCCGGGCCAGCGCCGCCGCCACAAACCAACCUGUCCAAACCGGAUCCAUCAUCUCCAUCUCCAUCACGAGAUCCACUCCUCCCCUCAUGUCAGUGUCAACCCGCGCCUACCACCCCACUGCCUCCCUCCAAACAGCCAAAGACUUUGAAUCCGACCGGACCACGCUCCGCCCAGCCAGCUCCGAAGGGACCGUCUCGGCCUCGGACGACGACGUGGCGCACCUCGACAAGACGGCCUUUGACCCCAACAAGACCAGGCCCAAGGAAGAGACCGAGUCAGCGGGCAAGGAGUCCAACGGCAACCCGCUUGAAACUUCGGGUGCGAACAGGAAGUUCUCCAAGCCCCAGGGCGAUAAUCCUACCGAGGGCGACAUGUCCAAGGGAGAGAAAACGACGGCUGGUGGGGACAAGGAGAAGAAGAAGAAGAAGAGUGGUGGGCCGGCGGCGGGGAGUAAGAAGGGGGGAACGACGAACUAUCAUGGGAGUAAGGAGUAGGAGGUUGAGUGCGAAGGAUGGAUGCUUGAGGGGAUUGAGACGGAUGCGAGCGAUAUCGUUUACAUAACAGGACUGGUAUGAAGGAACAGGAUUCUGCCAGGAAAAGAGGACUCGUGUUAAGGAGGAGGGUGCUGCCGCGAGAUAAUGGAGGAUCGAUCGCCAUGACGGAUUAUACCGGGGAUGAGAAGACGGUUAUGGGUUGCAUCUUGCGUUAUGAGAUAUAAUGGAUUCCAUUUGUUGGCUUUUGUUUUGUUAUGUCGAUGGUAUGGGAGAUGGUACAGGUACAACAGGACUGUUGCUCCUAUCGGCAUAUAGGCCUAAUAGACAUCGACAUCAUGCUUGCUUCCUGGUACUCAACAUCAAUCAUGUGACGCUUUAUAUAUAUAUACAUCAUCCAUCCAGCG